AUGUGGAGCGGUUUCUUUCCUCUUGUAAUGUGUGUCUGUGAUUCUGAGACUGAUGCUAAUUGGUCCUUUUUCUUCCAACACUUGAAGAGCUUGCUUGAACCUCAAGGUAGAUUAAUUACGUUUAUUAGUGAUCGUGGUGUUGGACUGUUGAGUGGUUUCAACAAGAUAUUUCCUAGUAAUCCUCAUCUUUUCUAUUACAAGCACUUGGUGCAUAACCUUAUGACUAAAUACAAUAGUAAAGGGUCUUCUGUUUUGAAAGAUAAUGUUAAAAAGAAGUUUUUUGAGUUGGCAUAUUCGUGCACUGAAAAGGAAUAUCGUUUUCAUUUAAGAGAGUUGAGAGAAGUUGGUGGUGCUGAUAUUAUAGAUUCAUUUCUUGCUGAUUUGCCUCUUCAAAAUUGGUGUCGCACAUUUUUCCCUGGAUGCCGUUAUGGAAUUAUGGCUAAUAGUGUAGCUGAAUCUUUUAAUGCUUGGUUUGCUGUUGAGCGUGAGAUGCCAGUGUACACUAUGCUUGAUCAGACUCGGAUUAAGGUGAUGCAGAUGAUGGGUGAGAGGAGAGACGAGGCUCAACUCUGGACCUCACGACUUACUCCUGUUAUGGAGGGUCGUUUGAAAGAAGGUAUGAAGAAAGCUUGCCGUUUCAAUGUGCAUUACUCCCAUACAAAUGUUUAUGAAGUGAGAUCAAAGUAUUCUUAUGUUGUGGACCUUGGAACUCUUUCUUGCUCGUGUAAAAAAUGGGAGAUUAACUGCUUUCCUUGCUGCCAUGGUCUUGUUGCAAUUCAAGCUGCCUCAUUGGAUGUUUAUGCUUUUAUAGAUAAGCAUUUUCAUGUUGAUUAUUGCCAGAAGUGCUAUGAUUUUCCAAUUUAUCCAAUUUCCAAUGUUGAUAUGGCUUCUUCAGAAUCUGCUAGCAGUGGCUUCAUACUUCCUCCAAAUGCAAAGAGGCCUGCUGGGAGGCCUAGGCUCAAGAGGUUCAAGUCUAGAGGAGAGUGUGAAAAGAAGCUCAUUCGUUGUAGCUGA